ACUCGAUGUGUAAACCUCAUAAAAAAAGGGGGCCCGUUUCACUAAUGCACAUCACUUUUUUUAAGAACACAAAAUAAAAUCCAUCUUCUCCUCUGCUUGUAUUGAUCAGCAGCAGUUGGUCAACAGAAGCCAAACCUACCGCAAAAUCCCCCCGCGCCAAAUCACCUCGAACACGUUAUUUACUGAGAUCAGAUUUGAGGCUGUUUGGUUGUGGUGAUAAAUGGUCACACUUAUUUCAUUUUCUUAAUGUUCUUUGAGGUGCUUCUUUUAUUUUUCUUUAAACAAAUCGCGUUUUUUUUUCUCUCCCCCUACAAUACUUGUGGAAAUCCUAACGACAAAUAUCCCGAGCUCAAAUGUGCACUCACUUAAAAGCAGAGGAAUGGCAGGUGCCCAUAGGCUGGUGGCGUAUUACUGUGCCGCGAUGGGUGUUUUCACGCGUCACCAGUGGGCGCUUCUUCCUGCGCACAAAGAGAGCAGAGCCCGGGGAUGCGCACGAUGUGAGUGUCCGCUCAGAGGCACCGCUGUCCUCUCUGCUUCUUGGCAGCAUCUUGGCGGAGUGUAAUCUGAGGAGGUCGAGGAACGUCCCAGCGUGCAGCAGCGCAUCACCCCUCUGCCACUGAAUUCUCUCACUGACUGUGGAAUUUACCGAGGUAUAGACAACACUGUUUUAGUCUCGUCCUCAAAGAACCGAGAGACGCACUUAGACGGAGCAGAAUUAAGUGCAGAGCGCAAAAAAAAAAAAAAGCAGUGCUGGAGCACAGAGCAGCCUCUUCUUCUUUUGGCUCCUGAAAAGGACAAGAGUUGCUGUGAGAAAUGUUAUCCGCUCACUAGAUCCAGAAACAACAGCAUCUGACGGACAGUGGGAUUACAAUCAAAGCAGUUUAAUGAAGAGGAAAAAAAUUGCGUCCUAGAACAAAUUAAAAUUCUCGCAUUCAAGGGAGAGCAUUCCAUUCACAACCAAUUGGAUGAGAGUCUUAUUAGCCCUUGGCAACUAAAGAUGAUGUUUCCAUGGAAACAAAUUGUUCUGCUAUCAAUCACUGGAUGCCUUGCAGACUUUCUCCCCGUUCCCCCAGCCUGUACAGAGGAUGUCAUAUUUCAAGGGCCAAGAUGGAGGACGGCGCCAAGUGACCUCAUUUUACCAAUCAACUCCCCAGACCAGCAGGCUACCAUCGUGUGCGAGGCAGAAGGGAGCCCUCCUCCACAGUACAGAUGGUCACUAAACGGAACACUCAUUGAUCUGGGGAAUGACUACCGGCGUCACAUGUCUGGGGGCAGCCUGAUCAUUAGCAACCUGGACAAGGACCAAGACACCGGGGAGUACCAGUGCACGGCCUUCAACACAUGGGGCUCCAUCCUCAGCCGCAGAGCCAGCCUCCAAUUUGCAUAUCUUGACAACUUCAAAACCCAAACGGUGAGGAGUGCUGUCAACGUCCGUGAGGGCCAAGGAGUGGUUCUGUUAUGUGGACCACCCGCACAUUCUGGAGAGCUGGCAUUUGCAUGGAUCUUCAAUGAAUACCCAUACUUCGUCCAACAAGACAGUCGUCGGUUCAUCUCUCAAGAGACAGGGAGUCUGUAUAUCGCUAAGGUGGAGCCCUCAGAUGUGGGAAACUAUACCUGUGUGGUGAACAACACCGUCACGAGGGAGAAGGUGCUCAGCUCUCCAACACCACUGGUCCUCAGAAUUGACGGAGUAAUGGGUGAAUAUGAACCCAAAAUAGAAGUUCAUUUCCCUGAUUCGGUUCCAGCUGCAAAGGAGUCGGUAGUGAAACUGGAAUGCUUCGCUCUGGGAAACCCCGUCCCAGAAAUCAGCUGGAGGAGAACCAGCGGCGUCCCUUUCCCCAACAAAGUCAAAAUGAAGAAUUCAAACGGCGUCCUUGAAAUCCCUAAUUUCCAGCAGGAAGACGCGGGGACGUACGAAUGUACGGCGGAGAAUCGGCGAGGCAAAAAUGCUGCGCGGGGUCGUAUUUCAUUCCAUGCUAAACCUCACUGGCUCCAGACAAUGACGGACACAGCUUUGUCCAUCGAGGAAAAUCUCUUCUGGGAGUGUAAGGCCAAUGGAAAGCCUAAACCGUCCUACAGCUGGCUGAAAAAUGGGGAGCAAGUGAUGGCAGAGGGCCGGGUACAAAUCGAAAACGGGGCCCUUUCUAUAGCUGCGUUAAACCUGUCAGAUUCCGGGAUGUAUCAGUGUGUGGCUGAAAACAAACAUGGCAUUAUUUAUUCCAGUGCCCAACUAAUGGUGUUAGCUUCACCUCCCAGUUUCUCCAAAAGUCCGUUAAGGGCCCUGCUAAAAGCUCGCUCAGGCAGCGAAGUCACUCUUGAAUGCAAGCCUCAGGCCUCGCCCCCAGCAAUUAGCCUGUGGAAGAAAGGGAAUGAGAUCCUGCAGAGGACUGAAAGGAUUACUUUGCUUCCCAAUGGAACAUUAAAGAUUGCCAACGUAACCAGACGGGAUGCAGCCACCUACACGUGCAUCGCUAAGAACCAGUUUGGGACAGCAAGCACAACUGGGAGGCUGCUUAUCACCGAGCCCACCAGAAUCACCAUGAGGCCUACUAACAUGGAGAUUAUUGUUGGCGAGAGCAUCGUGCUACCCUGCCAGAUUGCCUGCGAUCCAGCUCUGGAUGUCUCUUUCUCGUGGGCAUUCAACGGCCAGCUCAUCGACUUCCAGCGAGACAGCAAUCAUUUUGAAAGAGUGGGCGGGAGUAUAUCAGGGGAUCUGAUGAUUCGUAACAUCCAGCUGAACCAUGGAGGGAAGUAUGUCUGUGUUAUUGAGACUGAUGUGGAGAGCCUGUCCACCUCUGCAAUCUUGGUUGUCAAAGGUCCGCCAGGUCCUCCAGACAAAGUAUCAGUGGAGGAGAUCACUGACAGCACGGCACAGCUUUCUUGGACUCCCGGAAGAGACAACGGCAGCCCCAUCACUGGCUACAUCAUCCAGGGCCGCACGCCUUUUACUGUGGGCUGGCAGGCUGUAGACACAGUACCAGAAGUGGUCAAUGGGAAUAUGCUGACAGCCACAGUGGUGGGUCUGAAUGCCUGGGUGGAGUACGAGUUUAGGGUGGUGGCUCGCAAUGCCGUAGGCCUGGGAGAGCCCAGCCCAGCCUCAGCCAAGACCAGGACGGAGGAUGCCAUUCCUGAUACAGCUCCCACUGAUGUCGGAGGUGGAGGCGGCACAAAGUCUGAAUUAGUGAUAACAUGGGAGCCUGUGCCCGAAGAACUGCAGAACGGAGAGGGCUUCGGCUACAUCAUCGCCUUCAGACCGGUGGGCACGGUCACGUGGACGCGGGCGGUCAUCUCUACAACCGGCGUGGCACGUUACGUCUUCCGCAACGACACCAUCCCGCCCUUCUCGCCUUUUGACGUGAAAGUGGGGGCAUACAACAACCGAGGGGAGGGUCCUUUCAGCUCUAUUGCCUCCGUGUAUUCGGCGGAGGAAGUCCCCAGUGUGGCUCCUAAGAGGGUUAGGGCUAGAAGUGUGUCUGCAGCACAAAUUGAAGUGAUCUGGGAGGCUCUCCCUGCCAUCCCUGAAAGAGUGCUUGGAUAUGAGGUUGUGUACUGGGAAGACGACACCAAGCCUGACACUGUUGGCAAAGUGCGCAUAUCUGGAAACUACACGCUGGUUAACAUCACAGGGCUGAAAGCAAACACAGUGUACUACCUCUCUGUGGCUGCUUUCAAUACAGCUGGCCCUGGGCCGCAGUCGGCACCCAUCAACACCACCACAAAAAAACCACCUCCAGACCGGGCUCCUCUCAACAUACAAUGGACCAUGAUUGGCUCCACGCUCACGCUGCACUGGGAUCCUGUAGUAGCCAUGGAGACAGAGUCAAAGGUCACUGGAUAUUUGGUGCUGCUGAAGAGACAUCGCUACAAUGACAUCAACACUAUCUUGACCAACAAAACCACGGCGGAGCUCAGCCUCUCCACCAAUGACAACUAUCUAAUUCAGAUCAAGGCCACAAGUGAUGGUGGCGACGGUGUGGGCAGUGAACCCAUCCACAUCCACAAACUAAGCAUGGGAGCGCGGGGCUCAGGAGCGAGCGCCUUUAGCCCGUUGUACCUCUCUGCAGUCCUCAUCAGUGCACUGCUCUGCUCCAUCUGGUGAUGUCUAAUCAGAGUUUACGGAGCGCUCUCCCUCCCCCCCUUCCAUUCCCUCAGUCAGCCUGUCCUACGUUAACCCUCCACUGGACUGGCACAAGGCCCGGGCUUCUGUGGCAGGACUGGGAAAGACUGGAAAGGACUGGACUGCGCCGAAUUCUUAAAGGGACCACGCCACUUCUGUUAAAGGACCAUCAGCUAGAGAUGUGAUGAUUUGCGUGCAUGAUAUCUUUCGGUAUUUCUUCCAGUGUCAUAAGUGCCGCCAUGCUCUAGGUUUCAUUUUUGAAGUUAUGAUGUCUAUAUAACUUAUCUUCUUAGUAUCUCAGGAGAUACUAAUGCCUUAAACCCAUUUUAAACAUACAGUCCAUACCAAAGUAGGUGACAAAGGCUGCUUGCUUUAUGGUUUCUUUAACCCUAUAUAAAAAAAAUAUUUUCUACUUGCAGGAAUUUUUCUUCUCAAGAUCAACUUCUCAGCAGAAAGCCUGUCAUCACGGGUGCAUUCAUAUUUUAAUAUCGCAAAAUUCUUCUUAUGGGUUAAACUAAACAUUGCCAUCAUAAUAACCACACAGCCCAUUUUUUGCAGCUUUUGCAAAAAGAAUCAUCCAUUACAGACUUAAGAAGUUUUACCAGGCUUUGUCAAAUGAAAAGAAAUGAGAGAUGCAGAGCAAACAUGUUCAACUGUGCCUCAAACCGGCUUAUCUCUGCAUUCUGAAAUAAAAUUAAGUCCAUUCGAGAGCCACAUGCUCCUGAGCUUUAGGCUACUCUACAAUACCCUGAUAGACCUUGGCAUUUUGCUCUCUAUCUCAUGCUCCUCUAAAUAAUAAAUGCCUAUCACACUCUGCAUUCUCUAGUCUAGUGAAAAAGCUGGGAUUGCAGAGAAUAGAGACGUGUGGUGUUACUAUGUCAAGCAGAUCCCAUGUGUACUGUUCCUUCUCUACAUUUAGAUGACCUGUGUUCUAGAUACGUAUAUCAUAUCACAGAACAUGUACCAUGUACACCUCGGAUGACCAGCUGGCCCAGUGCACAGUGGACUGCAGGAUAACAGUGCCUUCACUAUAGCUCACUCUGAUUUUUUUUUCUCUCUUUCUCUUUCCUUUUCAAAUAGCUUAGUAGGAAGAUUCAUGUUGCAGAGGAGGCAUUGUUUGAUUUUGUUUCCACGGAAAUUAGUUACGAAGGACAGGAAACUCAGAAUGUAGAGGGAGCCCAUUAUUGUAAAGGGUAUGUUGAUUAAAUUUUCAUUGGGACAAGUACACUGGAGUAGCUAAGAUAAAAUGGGUUUGAAGCUUUAGGAAAGCCACAGUGGAUUGAGAUAUAUGGUGGAAAUUUUGGUCCAAGUAUUUAUGGUCUGUGGUAUAAUAAAUGUAUGACUCCAUCCGUGGCAUAAUUUAUGGGCUAUUAAGGCAUCAGAAUAAUUGAUGCCAAUACCGCAGUGAAAAGAGCCCUGACUGGAAAUGGGGUGAAAGGCAUGGCUGUCAUUUUACUCCCACCCCAUCCUCAUCUAUUGGACACAUACCAGACUGAACAGUAACAACAGAACAUUGCAACUCUGCUGAGGGAGCUACUUUUCACGCCCUUUUAUCAUGUGGAUGAGUCUGUCAAAAGCCACCCAAGUAAAAGCUGAGGUGUGAUUACUGGGGUCCUGACAAUGUUCAUGUGGAUGUGGAAGGAUACAGUCAACUGAACUGCUACACAUUUACUGUGCCUUUGCCGAACAUGGGGCUGUGUACGGUCAUUAGCUUGGAGGCUUUCGUCGUCUGCAUUUUGCACUCUCUAACCCCCCACCCCCUCUCCACCCAACCCCACCCCAAAGUCGAAUGAAAGCACAAGGAAUUGAUGCAAGGUGACUGGAUGUCCUCACUUAGCCAUCUGAACAGGUGUGCAGACCCCAGAGGCCUCGUAAAAAGUCCAAACGGCCGACAUAAUCAGGCUGUCCUAUCUGCUCCUUGACUGGUUUCAUAAAGCUCUGUGCUCGUUGAUUAGACUGCUGCAGACCAGUCAAUGGGAUAUUGAUUUUCCUGCCCCAUUAUUACAGCUGUCACAAUUCAGCUGCUUGAUUGACUGAUGGCCACAUUCUUAUUGCACUCGUUCUGUUGUGUUACAUUCAGUGAUGUUUCAGAUGCCCUCCACUACUUUACCCCUUAUCAGAAGACUCAAAGGCGUUCUCUUUUUUUUGUUGUUGUGUUUUGGUUUGGUUUUUAAAAGCAAUCUCAUUUAUCUAUUUGCUCAAUUUUUCACAGAUUUUACAAGUAUUUUGUAGUGUAGUGGUAGAUUGUGACUUUGAAUUGGAGCAGUGACCUGAAACUGAUUGGCUGGUUGAUUCUUUUGAGUUACACGUCGAACAUGACCACUGUUAGGCUUUUGUGCUCGAGCAGUAGUAAUACUGUAUCUUUCUUUCCGACUGCGUAAAAGCCCAGUCACACCAGGAUUUAAAACAGUGACAAUUCAAUGCAAAAUCAGGGAGUUGAUGCAAUUAGUGUCAAUUUUGACUUGAACCUUUUUGUGCUGUCACAGUAGCCAACUGUCAUGAAAUUGAGCUGAGAAUCCAAAAACAGAGCUAGCUAACAUAGCUUAUUAGCUGUGUUGCUCCGUCCAUUUGUACUUAUCCCUCCUCUGUCAAAGUAUAGCGUGCUCCACAAAAGAGGCAUGGUCUGUAGAGACCAGUUUUGAUUGUACAAAUACAUCUACAUCAAAUGUGUGAACUUAAUGUCCUGUUAUCAGCCAAGCUAAUGAGCUUGCUAACUGACAAGCUCAUUAAUGUGAAAGCUAGCUAAUACGGAGGGGAUUUUUUGCCCUUCAAUUACUCUUUGCUGAAUGAAUCCUGGGAAUAAGUACAGUAAAUGGCACAGAAGAGAAAUAAUAAUAAAAGAAAAUGAAAAUAAAAAAGAGGCUUAGAGAGCUUUUGUGACUGACUAGCACAAGCAUGUUCCCAGCUGUCGAGUUAGUAUGGCCACUCGCUCCUCAGCUACAGUUGUUCAAAAACUAGCUCUAUUUCUCCAUGAUGUGCAGACGAAUUUCGCUGUGACUCUUUCUGGUGUGACCGGGCCUCAAAGCAGCUUGUGUGUGUGCAAAUACUUGAUCCAAGUGGUGUUAAUAUUUCCGUAGAUAUCCAAAUAAUGUAACCUCAUCGCCAAAUGUCAGGCUAAUAGGUUAUUAAUUUACAGUACUUAAAUGUGUGGCGGUUUCUCAAGAGCUUUCUUUAUUAUUUACAUAGUUGUAGUUCUGCCUAAUGUUUCUUUCCUCUGCUCUUGCUCACAUAAGAAAGCAAAACUAUUGUUUCUGGCCACUAUUGUUUCUGGCCAUUGUUUCUGUGGUUAAUGAAUAUAACAAUACAAGUACAAUCUAAAGGAACCACCAUUUCAAAUGUGUUGAUCACAGAACAACAACAUGUCUUUAUAUCCACAAGGUUGGUUCGGUUACAUUGGUUUCUGUGGUUGUUGUCGCUAGAAAGGAGUGUAUCUGGUGCAGUGUAAAUAGCUUGCAUAUAUUUUUUAAACAUGGCCAUCAAAGACAACCUUAUUGCUUUUAUAUAGUGUGUUCUCCAACCUUAAUACUGGUGUAUUAAUCAAUGAUCUCUGUGAGAUACUGACAUGUAGAAUGGCAUUUUCAUAUUGAAAAGUAACUGUUUUGUCUUGUAUACUAAAAUUGUGCAUGUUAAUCAUUGUUUGUGAAUUUGUGUUGGAUUUUUUCUAAAACUAUAACUUAAUAAAAAUGUUUAUUCCA